ACCAAGCAAAGUACAAUCUUUAGAGAACUCUAAAGAAAAGGGAACGGGCAAUGCUUGAGCAGAGUUUAAGUGCCAAAUUCCACAGAAAAUCCUCUAUAAAUACUCUCUUUCACUCCUCCUCUGAGACAGAAGCAAUUGAGUAUCAAAGCAUAGGAAACAAACAAAGGUUCAAAUCAAAAUCAUCAACAAGAUGGCUGGAAGAAAGCUCAGCAUCUUGCUAGUGGCCUUCUUUGUCUCACUUAUGGUUAUGGAAGUUGUCAUUGCUCAAGCCCAAGAAAAGGGCAGUGGCAACGGCAAUGGAAAUGGAAAUGGAAAUGGAAAUGGCAAUGGCAAUGGCAAUGGCAAUGGCAAUGGCAAUGGCAAUGGCAAUGGCAAUGGAAAUGGAAAUGGAAAUGGAAAUGGCAAUGGCAAUGGCAAUGGCAAUGGAAAUGGAAAUGGCAAUGGAAAUGGAAAUGGCAAUGGUAAUGGCAAUGGUAAUGGCAAUGGCAAUGGCAAUGGAAAUGGUAAUGGCAAUGGUAAUGGAAAUGGCAAUGGCAAUGGAAAUAGCAAUGGCAAUAGCAAUGGUAAUGGUGAAGGUAAUGGGAAAGGUAAUGGUGAAGGUAAUGGUAAAGGAAAUGGUGAAGGUAACGGUAAAGGUAAUGGUGAUCAACCAACAAAGAAUGAUGAAGCCUCAGAAUAUGAGGUGUUGUCAGCUCUGCCAAGUGGACAAGAAAGAGCCUUCUGCAAAGCAAAGAACACAUGUCAGUUCAAGACCCUCUCGUGUCCUGCUGAGUGCCAGAAGAGGAAGCCCAAGAACAACAAGAAGGCCAAGGGCUGUUUCAUUGACUGCAGCAGCAAAUGUGAAGCCACUUGCAAGUUUAGGAAAUCCAAAUGUGAUGGCUAUGGUGCUUUGUGUUAUGAUCCUCGCUUUGUUGGUGGUGAUGGUGUGAUGUUCUACUUCCACGGCGCCAAAGGAGGAAACUUUGCCAUCGCUUCUGAUGAUGAGUUCCAGAUCAAUGCUCACUUCAUCGGUACCCGACCAGAGGGAAGGACUCGUGACUACACAUGGGUGCAGGCACUUGCUGUCAUGUUUGAUACACACACUCUUGUCAUUGCAGCAAAUAGAGUAUCUAAAUGGGAUGACAAUGUUGACUCUCUCAUAGUGAAGUGGGAUGGUGAAGAAAUCACAGUUCCUAUUGAUGGAGAGACUGAAUGGAGGGCUAAUGGUGAUGAAAGAGAAGUGGUGGUGGAGAGAACAGAAGAGACCAACAAUGUGAGAGUAACAGUUUCAGGUUUGCUUGAAAUGGACAUCAGGGUGAGGCCCAUUGGAGAGAAAGAAAACAAGGUUCACAAUUACCAGUUGCCAUCAGGUGAUGCUUUUGCUCAUUUGGAGACACAGUUCAGGUUUAAGAAACACACUGAUUCUAUUGAAGGAAUUUUGGGUCAGACUUAUAGGCCAAGUUAUGUUAGCCCUGUCAAGAGAGGGGUUCCUAUGCCCAUGAUGGGAGGGGAGGACAAGUACCAGACACCGUCUCUCUUUUCAACAACCUGCAAACACUGCAGGUUCCAGAGGCCAUCUGGGUCUGCUACGAGCGAAGGGCUCAUGCUCAAUAUUGAUACCAUGAAUCAUAAAUAUUAAGACAUUCUUUAUGAUCAUGUUGUUAAAAUCUUGUAUUUUGUUUUCUUUGUUGUAUCAAGACAAAUAAGGGCUUAACUUGUUGCCCAUGAUCAAUGUUUUCAUAAAACAUUGUGUAAUGUGUACUAACUACUAAUAUAUGAAUAAUCAUUUUUUCCUUAAA